AUGCAUUCAUUACUGUUACUAGAAAUUAGCAUUGUGCUUCUUAAUUGUUUUUAUACACAAGGUUUAAUUUGUCCAACAGAUGGUCUGUUUUCGAAUCCAACCGAUGAAACUACAUUCUACAUAUGCUCAAAUAGUUAUCCAUAUUUAUUGAAUUGUCCAAAUGGUUUAAUCUGGUCCGACGAGGAAAAAAUUUGUCAGUAUCCUCAGAAUGUUUUAUCGACUGAUAAAUUCGAAGAUAUUGAACCAAAUGGUAAUGUUUUGUUGACAGAUGAUGGUCGAGUGGCUAAAUAUAUCUCAACAAAAUCUGAAUUCACUGAAGUACGUGGACAACGAUUGUAUUCCAGUGGCACGCAUAAAAUUCAUCUUAAAAUAGAUCAAAUUUUUGAUGGUGAAUAUGGAUCAUGGAUGUUUAUUGGAAUUAUUUCAUCUAAAACACGUCCAUAUGGUAGUUCUCAUAUGUCACAAUCAUCAUAUGGAUGGACAAUAUGGGAAAAUAAUAAAAAUAUGGUUUAUCUCAAUGGUCGUGGAGAAUACAAUUAUAGAAACUAUGAUAAUGAUAUAAAAACACAUGAUGAACUAAUAUUAACAAUUGAUUGUGAUAAAAAACAAAUUCGUUUAUGGAAUAAUCGUACAAAUAAACAAUAUGUAAUUGAUCAAAUUGAUUAUGCACCUUUACCAUGGCAAUUACAUAUUAAUCUUGGUAUCAAAAAUGAUCAAAUCAGAAUACUACGAUCAUAA